GUCACAAGCAACAUCUUGUCGGUGGCUUUCGAUGUGUGAAGGCAUGUGACAAGUGUCCUCAAGAAGUUAGAAUUGCCAUGAAAGAGGUUUUGGAUGCAAAAAAUCAAAGAAAAGAAUCUUUGAAAGAGAACUCUUUAGGUCCUGAUUUUGAUGAUGAUGAUGUUGAGGAGAUUGAAUGUGAAGAUGGUACGAGCAAAACAUCAACAAUAAAAGGCCCAAUGAAUUUGUACUUCAAAAGUGUUUCAAAAGAACAUCAAAAAUUGAAAAGAGCAAGAGGGGUAGAAGUAACUCUAGCAACUUGCAAAAAAGAGUUGAGAGAAAAGGCUGUAACUGCAUUUGCACGAUGGAUGUAUGAAGCCGGGUUGCCAUUUAAUUGCGUGAAUUAUAAGACGCUACAAAGUUUCAUUGAUGCUGUGGCACAACACGGGCCAUGCAUGAAGGCUCCUACUUACCAUGAAGUGAGAGUGCCAUAUCUCAAAAAAGAAGUAGAUCAUGUGAAAGAGCUUUUUAAACCACAUGAGGAUAUUUGCAACCAAUAUGGUUGUUCAUUAAUGAUGGAUAAGUGGACUGAUCGAAGAAAUCGGGCGUAUAUCAACGUCCUAGUUAAUUGCUCACUUGGAUCGUAUUUCAUCCAAUCAGUUGAAGUAAGUUUGGACACCGUGAAUGGGGAGAAAAUGCUAGAGCUCUUCGAACUCUUUGUGAAUAGGGUGGGAAGUGAAAAUGUUGUUCAAGUGAUAUCAGACAAUGCUUCUGAGACGCAAUUCAAAAGGGAAAGAAAAAGUGGGAACUUCCAAGUCCAAGUCCAAGGAAAAAGCCUCCACCCAUAGGCUUGUUGAUGAAGAUGAGGAAGAAGAUGAAGAAGAUGUUGGGGUGUAUAAUGAUGAUAGUGAUGACUUCGAUGCUUUGGUUAUGGAUGAAGAAGAAGGGAACAUUCAUGUGGAGGAUGACAUUAUGGAGUGAUAAUGCUUCGUAGAGUUGAUUUUAUGACAUUAUUAUGACAUUGUGUGAUGGAUAUUUUCUACCUUUAUGUCGCAUUAUUAGUACUAUUAUGAGUAUUAUAACUAUUGAUGUGUUUUUGACUUAAUUAUGCAUUGGAAUAUUUUAUAUUUGUAUUUUUCUAUAGCCAUCGUUUUUUGUGUAAAAGCGACGCUUCGCUUAGCGCUUUCGCUUUUUAUAAAAGCUCUAAGUUCUCGCUUUUGGUCGCUUUUCGCUUAAAAUAAGUUUG